AUGCAGCUCGCAGCGCAGGUGAUUUUAUUGUAUCUAUCAGUUGCGUUUUGUGAUGGAUCAGGAAAUGGAUAUUGGCCAAAUUUAUACAAGUUCAUAAAACCUCCGUAUUCCAUCGACAGAUUAUUGCAAUAUAAAGAUGCAAAUUAUUAUAAUGCGCCCAAUGCUCUGCAUUACAUCGACACGCAAAAUACGAGAGAUGAAGAUUACCUUCGAAAGGAUGCACCGAAAAUUCCGUAUUACGCCAACACUCCAUCGAAAUCCACAGAAAGUAUGCCACUUACUCCGUUUGAAGAUCGGGAAGCUAAUCCGUAUAAUCUAUCAUUUCGGCAACGCCAAAAGCGGAAAUCCCUUGUUGCCGGACUGGAUAAUUUAAGACCUAUCGAGGAGAGAUUCUGUCUAAAUGAUGUACUUCGCGCGAAUUCAUCACUAUCGAGUCCCGUCGAGUGUGCUCGCACCUGUCGAAAAGGUGACCGCAGGAUUUGCUAUUACAAUUUUGUUGUGGAGUAUUAUCCAAUUAACGGAAUGGCAUGCAGAUUGUGCGUCCCCAAUGCAACCAAUGCUUUCUGCAGCAAUUGUCAAUGUGUACUUGCUGAUGGUGUUGAACGUAUGGCGCAGAUCGUAAAUAGACAGUUACCUGGACCAGCUAUCGAGGUAUGCGAAGGUGACCACGUAGUGAUCGAUGUGACAAAUCACAUGUCUGGUUCUGACCUAUCGAUUCACUGGCAUGGUUUAUUUCAAAAAGAAUUUCAAUAUUACGAUGGUGUGCCGCAUGUAACGCAGUGUCCUAUUGAAAGUGAUGUUACAUUUAGAUAUCAAUGGGGUGCAAACAAUCCAGGAACACAUUUCUGGCAUGCACACGGCGGUUUGCAAAAAAUGGAUGGAAUUUUCGGUAGCCUCAUCGUACGUCAACCUCCCGAACACGAUCCUCAGAGUCAUUUAUACGAUUAUGAUCUUUCCACUCAUGUUUUAAUUAUUAAUGAUUGGAUGCAUGAGCCAGCCGUAAAUCGUUUUCCCGGGAGACGUUUCAAUCACACCGGCCAGAAUCCAGACGCGAUACUCAUUAAUGGCAAAGGAAAAUACACGGAUAAAAAUACCGGAAUUACUACAAACACUUCAUUGGAAAUAAUAGAUGUGGAACCUGGUAAACGAUAUCGUAUACGUAUAAUUAAUGCAUUUUGCACGGUUUGCCCUGGUAUCCUCACCAUACAGAAUCAUAACUUGACCGUUAUUGCGACAGAUGGUCGAGAUAUCAAACCAAAAACGGUAGAUUCUAUCACAUCAUUCGCAGGUGAACGUUACGAUAUAGUUUUGCACGCCGACAAACCCAUAGCCUCUUAUUGGAUACAAGUUCGUGCUAUGGGAGUAUGCGCGUCGAUUGGUGUACAACAAUUAGCUAUCUUGCGUUAUAAAGAUGCACCGAGUCAAUCAUUAUUAUUGCCCUCUCCUAGUUACUACGAAGGUCUUUCUCAAGGCGUCGUUUUAAAUCCAUUAAAUGUUAAUUGCGGAGUACCAUCGAACGACAAAAUUUGCGUCAGUGAACUUGAUAGUAUAGAGCCGAUAGAUAAAGGAAUACUUCGACCGGAACCUGAUAUAAAGUUUUAUUUACCUAUUGGUUUUUACUCUUAUACACUACAAGAACUUUUCCAAUCCAAUCAGUACGAUAGAUUUUUGUUGGCAGCAGGUAGACUUUCUUUAAACGGUGUAAUCGACGGAAUAUCGUUCAAAUUUCCACCUUCUCCACCACUUUCACAGUCUAAGGACAUUCCGAACAACCAAUAUUGCAACAGAACUAUUCAACCGGAAAAUUGCGCUAAUGGUGUAUGCAUGUGUACGCACAAAUUAGAUAUUCCGCUCAAUUCAAUUGUCGAGAUACUGCUGAUAGAUGAAGUACAAGGAACUAAUUUGUCUCAUCCAUUCCACAUGCACGGACAUGCAUUUUACGUGAUGGCUAUGGGUCAAGUCGCUAAAAGUAGUAUUAACUGGAAAAUGGUACAGAAAAUGGACAAGGCAAAUCAAGUCAACAGAUGCUUCGAUAAGCCGGUCAAAAAAGAUACCAUUACGGUUCCAUAUAACGGCUACGUUGUAUUGCGUUUCCUCGCAAAUAAUCCUGGUUAUUGGUUGUUCCACUGUCAUUUCAUUUAUCAUCAGAUGGCCGGCAUGGAAAUACUUCUAAAAGUCGGCAAUCAAGAAGACGUGCCGCCAGUGCCAAGAAACUUUCCGAAAUGCGGCCAGUAUUCGCCAACCAUUGGAUAUAAUGCGUAUCCUCCAUUUAUCCAAGGCACACAUAGACCGCGAUAUCCAUAA